CUGGAAGGAAACGUGACUUUUCGCCAGUGCUUUGGAGCCAGUACUUUGAGUCUAUGGAGGAUGUCGUGGUAGAAAAUGAGACUGGCAAGGAUACUUUUCGAAUUUACAAGAGUGGAGUGGAGGGGCCUGUCCUGCUGCUGUUACACGGUGGAGGCCAUUCUGCUCUUUCCUGGGCUGUAUUUACUGCUGCAAUCAUUAACAGGAUUCAGUGCAGGAUUGUGGCUUUAGAUCUCCGAGGCCAUGGAGAAACCAAAGUGAGGAAUCCUGAAGAUCUGUCUGCAGAGACUAUGUCAAAAGACGUUGGCAACGUGGUGGAAGCUCUGUAUGGGGACCUCCCGCCCCCCAUCAUGCUGAUCGGGCACAGCAUGGGGGGGGCCAUCGCAGUGCACACGGCGGUCGCAAACCUGGUGCCGAGUUUACUGGGGCUCUGCAUGAUCGAUGUGGUGGAAGGUACAGCCAUGGAUGCACUGAACAGCAUGCAGAACUUCUUAAGGAGUCGUCCCAAAACAUUCAAGUCACUGGAGAAUGCCAUUGAGUGGAGUGUAAAAAGUGGACAAAUAAGAAACCUUGAAUCUGCCAGAGUGUCUAUGGUCGGUCAAGUCAAACAGUGUGAAGGGGCUGCCAGUCCUGAAUGUCCUAAAGCCAUAGUGGAGGGUAUUAUUGAAGAAGAGGAGGAGGAGGAAGAGAAUGAGGAAGGGGGAGUCUCUGUCAACAAAAGGAAGAAAGAAGAUGACACAGAGACAAAGAAGGAGCACUUAUACACGUGGCGAAUCGAACUGGCGAAAACAGAGAAGUACUGGGAUGGCUGGUUCAGGGGAUUGUCAAACCUCUUCCUGAGCUGCCCAACUCCAAAGCUUUUGCUUUUAGCUGGUGUUGACAGACUGGAUAAAGAUCUAACAAUUGGACAGAUGCAAGGGAAGUUUCAGAUGCAAGUCCUCCCACAGUGUGGCCAUGCAGUCCAUGAAGAUGCUCCAGACAAGGUUGCUGAAGCUGUUGCAACGUUCCUGAUCCGUCACAGGUUUACAGAGCCCAUCGGUGGAUUCCAGUGUGUGUUUCCUGCUUGUUAAUACCCUGGUGUUCUCCAGCACUGAGUCCUGUUGUAAAUAAACUGCACCAGAGGCCACUGUGAUGUAUCCAUAUCCUUUCAUCUCUCCAGUUCAGCGGCAGUGAGAAGUUGGUGUCAGAUUCAUCCCCUUAGAACUAGUUCUCCAGAAUGUGUAAAUGUUUAGGGACUUCCUUCCUGGGGAGCAGCUUGAACUGAAGACCACGAGAAGCUCUUCAGGCCCUCAGAAGUGGGCUCCUCUCUGCUGCCACAAGGAAGGACCUCCUGAAAUCCCAAGUAGUUGAUCAUAACUCCAUCAAUUCUCAGGCUUUCUUGGACCCAACUGCAAAGGGGCUGUUGGCAGUCCAGAGCCACUGAGGACAUUGCAGCGUAGCCAAAGGGUUCAGGAUUUCUCCAUGGAAUUGACUCAUCAUUUUUGAAGUGCCCCUUAGGUUUGCUUUUUAUACACGUUUCUUUCCCCUAAAGCAACAAGGAAUUGGCUUCAUUGGGAGCUCAGGUUUUGCCUCACCAAUGCCAACCUUAUGGGUUAAGCUGCAGGAAGAGCCCAGAUGCUGUUCCCUGAGCAAGGUUGGAUGGGACUGUAAACCAAAAAGAUGAGGGGGGACCCUGAGCUCCAUGGCAGAGUCUUGCAGCUUUCUUAAUACUCCUUUCAAGUUCUUGCUGAGAAAAACAUCCUGGAUAAC